CCACUCUCUCUAACACACACAGACACUCUCUCUUGUUGGUAAGAAGUUCCCCUUGAAAUAUCUCUGUAAGCACCUCCAACUACUAAUUUGGCUAUACACUACUAUAAAAGCAACAUUACUAAUACACCAUUAAACCAUUGCUUCAUCAAUCCACCAUAAUAAAAGAUUAUAGGCCUGCACUUUUAGUGUAAAAAAAAGCUAUUAAAGAAAGCUAGCCAAGAGUUCAGAGCUUACGAAGAGCCGGCUGCCAAAAUGGUGAGCUCUGAUUCAGUGGACUCAAGCUCUGAUUCAGUGAACUCAAGAGUUGAGACCUUGGCCAGCAGUGGAAUUGCAACAAUCCCAAAGGAGUACAUCAGACCCAAGGAAGAGCUCGUAAACAUCGGUGACAUCUUCGAACAGGAGAAGAGCACUGAUGGGCCUCAAGUUCCCACCAUUGAUUUGAAGGAGAUAGACUCUGAGAACGAAAAGGUGAGAGAGAGAUGCAGGGAGGAGUUGAAGAAGGCAGCAGUGGACUGGGGUGUCAUGCAUCUUGUGAACCAUGGCAUCUCCGAUGAGCUCAUGGACCGUGUCAGGAAGGCUGGGAAGGCCUUCUUCGAUCUUCCCAUUGAGCAAAAGGAGAAGUAUGCCAAUGACCAGGCCUCUGGCAAAAUUCAAGGCUAUGGAAGCAAGCUUGCAAACAAUGCCUCUGGGCAGCUUGAGUGGGAGGACUACUUCUUCCACCUUGUAUACCCUGAGGACAAGCGUGACUUGUCCAUUUGGCCUCAAACACCUGCUGAUUACAAUGAGGCUACUGCCGAGUAUGCUAAGGAACUGAGGGCCCUAGCAACCAAGGUACUACGCGUGCUGUCACUUGGGCUGGGAUUGGAAGAAGGGAGGCUGGAGAAGGAAGUUGGGGGGCUUGAGGAGCUUCUCUUGCAAAUGAAAAUCAACUACUACCCAGUUUGCCCUCAGCCAGAGCUUGCACUUGGUGUUGAAGCUCACACUGAUGUCAGUGCACUCUCCUUCAUACUCCACAACAUGGUUCCUGGCCUGCAGCUUUUCUAUGAAGGCAAGUGGGUCACUGCCAAGUGUGUUCCAAAUUCCAUUGUCAUGCAUAUUGGGGACACCAUUGAGAUUUUGAGCAACGGUAAGUACAAAAGCAUUCUUCACAGAGGAAUGGUGAACAAGGAGAAGGUGAGGAUUUCAUGGGCAGUUUUCUGUGAGCCACCAAAGGAGAAGAUCAUCCUUAAGCCGCUCCCGGAAACUGUGUCGGAGACUGAGCCGCCAAUCUUCCCACCAAGAACUUUUGCUGAGCACAUUCAGCACAAGUUGUUCAGGAAGAGUCAAGAGGCUCUGCUCAACAAGUGAAGCUACUUAUAUUAGUUAUCAUAUUAUUGUGAAAUUAUCGUACUUAUGAAGCCAUUUAUGGCUUAGUUUGGAUAUGAUAUAUCUUGGUUGCCAUGUAUCUGCUCUUCUAGCUACCGUCUACCUGCUUUGUUGAAUAAUAUUUAUUUUAUUUCCCUUGUACCUGUGAUUAAUGGCUAUUUCUAGUCCAGAUCUCAUUAUAUGGGUGGUCUCAUUUAUCUUAUUUUAUGUAACUUGGCAUCUUCAAGUUUGGUAUAUAUGAGUGCUUCAUAUUGUU